AGGUCUAGAGUAACUAGAAUACCAGGCCAACUCUUUGAACAGAACGGAAAGAGAGUCCACUUCUGCAUGGAUCCUUCAUUUCCGGAACAAGGAAGCUGGGCGUAGACCCGUUACUUCUUACUUUACUACGGUGGAGGGGAUGCCAUGAUUCCAAUGCGUAUUGACUAGGUCGUAAGAGAACUACUUGAGCUCUAAUACUUUGAUCCUCCUAUAGGACUCGAAACCAGUCUACGCCCUUGCCCUGUAGGAAACUAGACUCGCUAGUAAAGAGGAGGCGGAUGCUUCGCUUUAGGCUUGGCUUGAGCUUCCGUUUAUUGGAAAAGUGCCGUAGCUCUAGUUGGGAAACAUUUCCAUUCCUGUCUUCAACUGAACCCUGGCCAGUUCCCUGAGCAGAUCCAUUAGCAUAGCAACAAAGGGUUGUUUUCUAUCACGACAGAUUCGCCUAUUCCUCGCAUCACAACAAGACAGACGUAUCUCUUGCCAGGUCCUUUUCUGGAUCUCAUUCCAGGCCAGUUGGGAAGAGGAUUCGCCAGACCUUGGUUUGGUUUUAUGUAAAAUUGGAAUCGUGGCCAUAAUCAGGUAUGGCACAUUAUGAAGUAACUGGAAUGGGAAUGGGGUCUUACUUCGAAUUGGACACGGACGCACUAUUGGAUUUCCUUUUCUGAAGGCUAGGGCUAUAUCCAUUAGUAUCAAAUGCCUUAAUUGCUUUAUUUUCUUUCUUUGGUUUAGGCGUUCCAUUGCCUCAAUCUUCACCAUUGGUACAAGAUCCCCUCAAGAACUGCUCUUUUCAGAACGUUCAAUCUGAGUAGAGGCUGAGCCACACAUCAUCUCACCCAUUGGGGACUUUUACUUCCUCUUCAGGCCUUGUAGUGAUUUAUGUGAAAAAGUGGAAAUUCAAUUUCCAUUAGCCACCACUACUAUCAUGGGUACAGUCUGUGUAAUCUUGCAUUGUUCCUAGCUAUGCUUUGUAUCUUCGAAUACACUUGACUAGAGCUUGCUUGUGGAUCGAAUAUUUCAAAGAACGAAUACUUCCGCAUAUGCCGACGGCGAAAGCAAUCUCCUAGUGUCUAGUGUUCGUGGUCUCGACCUAUUUUCCAUUGGUAGAAGCCUGCCGUUUCUAUCAAAGCUUUUCCAACAAAGAAGAAGCCCCAUAUUGCAGCUGAAAGAACUUACCCACCCGGCACCUAAUGAUACACGUACGUAGGUUAUGCCUCUAAUAGUAUUUCCAACCACCAGGUCCGCUUGAGAUUAAUAAGAUUUGGGCAGAUGGGGGGGCUUUAAAAGCUUAGAAGCUGAUCCCAUCCCACACUUAGAAUGAAUAGUGCACUCUCCUCUCGUGGCUGUUGCCGAUCGCUUGAUUGAGAAGCAGCCCUCGACUCGGUCUACAACUCUAAGAUCUCAGGAUUGGCACUCUUGAGGGCGGACACCGGCCUAAACUCCUUCUGUUGAACCCCUGGAGAGGAGGGACCUCAGGAACAUAAACAUAAAACAGUGGCUUUCGGAAGCAAAGGUUGACCUCUUCGCGGCAUUACUCUUUGGCACUAUACUCGUAUCCGUGUCCUGGUAGAAGAUAGAUCUCAGUCAUGGCUAGAGGAAUGUGAUCCGUUGUGGAAAGGCAAUAUAUUUUUGAUUUCAAGCACAGGCGCAAGUAUGCCACUUAGGGGGAGUAAGCACAGCUCGUCGUAGGAUAGCAAUCCACAUAAAAGAGAGAAGUAGUUUAAGUUGAUGCCAGUGUGGGUAAACGAACUCUUUAGCCGGAUCUGGAGAUGGCGACUAGCGCAUAAGCCUGCUGACUAAACGAGCUGUUCUGGACUGGAUACGAGACUGACUCCCCAGAGACCGGGGAUCACUGAACCCUAUUAUUCCAAGCAUGGGCUUUAGCGGAGAAAGGUGCUGCUCUAAUGGCGAACCAAACAGCUUCAAAGCUCCGAGGGAAGAAAGAUUUGACCCCCAUUGAAACCUGUCUUUGAAAGGUGAUACGAGCACAGAAAUGUAGAUAGCCCUCUAGUCCGGAUGGAUGGCAGUCUCUAUCUAGUACGAGAUUCCACUGGUUCACAUCAUUCACUAAUCGAAAACUUACGUUCAGAUUACGUUCUGCAUGAAUGCUUGCUCAAACCUCUAAGUGCUCGUACCUGGCCCAGACCUAACAAGUGCCACAGUUCUUAAGUAUAGCGGAUCUCAUAUCGGGCAGUCAAGCAUUUCUCUAGUCUGGUUCAGAAGCCGCACCGUUGGCCAAUACCUCUAGCAAAGAUCGAGUGAGUUCGUUCUCACCUUUUUGAUGGGAACUCCUUGCUUGAGUUCCGUCGACACCAAAAAGUAUUGAAUAGCGCUGACACUCCUUCCUAUAUUCCUCUCUGGCAAGUCCACGGCAUCAAUCAAUACGAGUGAGAAGUGAAAACCUCGCUCACAAGCACGGGUGUCGAACUCUAGUCUAGAUCAGUGCCAGUGCGGCACUACGAGUCAAGGUGCCGGAUGAUUGAUCGAGGGAAGAAACCCCGUAUUUUUGCCCUACCUCUGGAAACCCGAAUCCAGUUUUCGAAAAGAAAGAAAGUUUUGCCGUGAUUUUUGCUUAGGAAGUGAGUAGACGUAUAAUGUACCGGCAUCUUCCACUGCUACGUAUCCUCAACCCAGAGGGAGGUCUAAUUAUUCCUCCCUCUGGGAUCAAAUAAAUGUCUUCCAACCCCCACAUGGAAUAGGGCUCUGAGACGCACCACAGAGCACGUAGCAGCGACUUUGAAGGUUUCGAGUCCGAUACCAUACCCUAAAAAGAAUAAGAAGAGCCUUUCUGCUUCAAUCGGCAGGGCUUCAGGAGUGGACUUGAGACGAAAACCUCGGUCAAAUGCGCCAUAGUUGAGAUAGAAUGGCAUUUACCCGUGUUCAAGAAAAUGGAAGUUUAUUUAGAGGGUUGUCGCUUUGAUCGAUAGUGCUAGGCUGCUUAAGACUAAGACCGGCGUAUUUCAUAAGAUUUCCUAAAGUUGGUUUAUAGGGUCUGGGCCUAAAGAAGCAUGGAUGCCUGGAAUUGCUAUUUCCAAUCUCAAGUCAUAUUUGCAUUUGCGCUGAAGAUUUGCGUAGGAAAGGUGGCCAGUCUCCUCCGACUCAAAAGCCCAAAGGAACUUAUUUUCCAUGCCCGGUAUCGAGAACCUUCUCUGCCUUUUCCAUGCCCGGUAUCGAGAACCCUCUCUCCCUACGACCUUCUUUCAGGGAUGCGUCUUCCUUGAAUUGAAUUGAACGGCACUUCGGAACUUGUGAAAUACUUUCUUAUCGCCAGGGCUCAGUUUAUUCGAGUAUUUGUGUUGGUCCGCACUCCUAUCUCCUAUCUACAGCUACCGCUAUCAAUUCCUAUUCCCAGUUUGUUUCCUCUAUCCCUUCCUAAAGUGGCAGAAGCAUUCGAGUAAGAGAUCGGCAUCACACUAGUGAAAGUCAAGUAACGGAAAAGCAUCUCCUAAAUAAAAAGAAAUCAAUUAGACUAGUUUUCGAAACGAUGCUCCCACAAAAGGCAAGCUUGUCCAAUACGGGUUACCUUGGCCAAAGAUAGGAAAAUAGAUGCAUCUUUUCGGAAAGGAGAUACGAACCUUCUCCUCUUGUACAACAAACAGGCCUCCCCAAAAGGCAGAAGCAUCUCCGCUUGGUUAUAGGCUGCCUUCAAGGAAAUACGUGAUACCCGUUCCCUUGGCUAGACUAGAGCCGCUAAAGAUCCAUUUGAUGGGUUGCCUCUGAGGAGCUGUGCCGUCCGUUGACACCUUCCUCAAGUGUCUGAAUCAAGUAAUGGGUUUGUUUUUUCUCGUACCUGCAUGGUUUCCUACUUAUUGGCUUGAAGCCGACCCAUAGCUUUGUUGUGGUGAGGAUGACUCUAUUCCUCUAUUUCUGAUUUCGAUUUGAUUCACGACUGAUCCACAGUUCGAUGUCUUUAGCCAGGGCAGAUCUCCCAAUCCGGAACGGAAGUCCGUAUUCACUUGUGAGAAUAUGAUCUUCCACACUGGCAUCCACAGCUACUACUCGUCCUUACUACUCCUCGGAAAUUGCAAUUCAUUCACAUCUGCUACCAAUACCAAGAAAUACCAAUACGGACUUCUUGUUCCAAUCGAAACGAGCAAACCUGGGGAAGAUAGCAAGAUUAGCAGAACGGGAACCCCCACGGGGAAGGGCUCUGAGACGCACCACAGAGCCCGUAGCAGCGACUUUGAAGGUUUAUCGCCCAUCGGCCCAGAAAUCCAUAGAAAGACGAUUGAGAUUAGUGAAUGGCAUCGAUCUGAAGUUCAUAGAAUCUCUAGCGUCUCUUUGUUCGUAACAAAUGAGUAACUUAACUACUAAUGUGACGAAUAGUGCCAGGCGUAGUGUAUCACUGGAAUUCGAUCAGUCUGUUGGAAAGGGAUCACUCUCUGAUUCUGCUUCAAGUCCUGUGCGUGCCUGUUUCGAAGAAUGCUAUUCGCUCUAGUGGAAAAAGUAGCGAUUUAUGGCCAUGAUCCCGACCCGAACCCUCAAAUGAUGACGAACGGCUGACUUCACGUAGAACCCGUUAUGCCAAUCUGGAUUCCACAUCUGCUACAAGAAAAUCGUCUUGAAAGAUUGCAAAUCAAGCAUUCGUCCUUAGCGCAGUUCCUGAAAGAUAUCGUGCCAACAGAAAGAUCUCGUUCCCGUAGAUUCCGUUCGUUCCAGCAAUCGUGCCGGAACUCACUGAUCCAUUCAAAGGAUUUCUUUACCACUGCUCCCGAUGGCCAAAGGACCGAUAUCUUCUUCUCACGCCUAGCAAAGAUCGAGUUCUGUUCUCACUUCACUUAAUGAGCCUAUUUAUCUGUUUUUAUACCAUAGAUUAGAUUCUCAGGGAGAAGUGGCGCACUUUCUCGAGCUAUCUAAGCAUCCAGGGAAGUGAUUCCACAAGCUAGAGAGAUUCUCCUCUUUUCUUUUUCAGAGUUGAGCUGGCGGAUCAAUGUUUGUCAAAUCAUUCUCUGUUGAGUUGAGUCCUCGCCGAAGGUGCCGUGCCGUAUAGUACUUCCCCAGGUGCGCUAUAGUACUUCUCCGGUUAUAGGUGAUAGGUGCAUGGCUUCCGCUCAUAAAGAAUGAGUGAGACCGGCGCUCAAUCAAUCAGCCACCAGUAGAGGAUAAAGGAAAAAGGGGUUCAUCAAUGAGAGGCGCAUGAGAUUCUGUAUUGGCCAACUCUUUCUAACUAUCACUAGGCCGGAUACUCCGAUUCUCUGUGGACGAUUUCCUUCUCUCUCGUUCAAUGCCCUUUGGUCUCGAGGAUCACCAUUUGGUGGGGUUGGGGUCACACCCGAAGUCGUAUUGGAGAAUUGAGCGGAACUACUUCCAUGUGCACUCUUUUCUCGGGUCAGGAAGCCCUGUUUUUGAAGUGAAGCAGGAAGACCUCUUCGUCAUCAUUAUUGGGGUAUGGGCCCUAAAUCAUUGGAAAAGACGGUUUUCUUUAGGGAAUUGACACGAUAUCGCCUCCUUCUGUACUAAUCAAUCAAGGGAAUGGAUGAGUUCACUUAAGAAGCAGGCCUGGCCAACAGAGAAGUCAGCUCAGGUUUCAUCUCAUCUAAGCAGCAGCCAAGCGAUGAUUCUGGAAUCGUGCCAUGCUUGACAGUUGGACUUCUCGCCAUACAUAGAAAUGAACUGCUGAUGAGCUAGCUAUCCCCGAUAUGAUCUGGUACUAGACUUCACACAUGUUGCCAUCGUAUAAUCGGAGAAUCAACGCGGAAAGAAAAAAAGAUGAUUUUCGAUACUAGGAUGACUACUCCCGAGGCCUGUUUUAACUAAAGAAUUUACAGGUGGCCCGGUCGGUAAACUAUUCCCGAGAGAGGAGAAGCAGAAACAUCAAUCUGUAUUUUCGUAUCAUAUUCCAGCAGCUCCAAUGCCUUAGAGCGGGAUCUUAUCUUCCUAGAAAGAAAUGAGUGUUGCACACGGAUAGCCAGCUACUCCUUAUGAAUGGGAUGCAUGCAUAUUUCAAUUCAUGAACUGAAGCUCGUAGAAAUCCUUCCUAUCCGCCUAGUUACCUAUCCGGGCUUGUUUCGUAGAAAUCCUACCUUGCUUUUGUUUUGAGAAAGACUAUUUUUGAGUUUCUUCGGUGCAAAAGUAGGCAAGUCCGUUUCAUAUAGCUGCAAAAGUUAGCAAGUCCUUUUUCCCUAAGGAAACUCGAUUUCCAAUGAAAAAAGUGCGGAUCACUGGGUCAAAAGUAGUGUUUUUCUAGUUUACCUCAUAAAUGCAUGUUUUGAGAGCAAUAUUUUUCGGUCAAGUCCUAAUCACUUAGCUGUAAAAGUAGGCUUUUUUCAUCUCCCGAAACCUCCCCAAAACUCCACACCAAGCCUUUAGAUACGCAAAUAUGAGCUUGCCUUGGCUUUAUUGCCCUUAUCGGAUGGAAGUUACAGAUGAGAAAUGACGUAUCUUACGUAUCGAAUCUCAAGUAACGGAUGAGAAUUGACGUAUUCAAAGUGGAAAGAACGAAUAUCGAUUCUCGUGGAUGAACGGAGGAAAUGGGAACUUGGUCUUUGCACUCUUCUUUCGGGGGGUUAUCCCAUGACAUGAUAAAGACCAAUCCAAAACUUCUUCGUUUCGUUGGUAGAACCAACGCCGACUCUUCUCUAAAAUAAUAGAGAGAUCUUUUGAUAGUAUCACUUCUAUCAAUGCAAUGAAAGAACUAUCCCUUCCUAUUUGUUUGUCCUAAUGAGACAAAGAAGAGCCUCCUUCUUUACCACUUUAGGGGAUGGGGGUGAAGGGGGGUUUACAUACAACCGGGGCAAAGUGGUUUAUGAUUGAAUCUCAGAGGCAUUCUUAUCAUUUGGUAGAUCCAAGUCCAUGGCCUAUUUCGGGUUCACUCGGAGCUUUGGCAACCACCGUAGGAGGUGUGAUGUACAUGCACUCAUUUCAAGGGGGUGCAACACUUCUCAGUUUGGGCCUAAUAUUUCUCCUUUAUACCAUGUUCGUAUGGUGGCGGGAUGUUCUACGUGAAUCCACGUUGGAAGGGCAUCAUACAAAAGCUGUACAAUUAGGACCUCGAUAUGGUUCUAUUCUCUUCAUAGUCUCGGAGGUUAUGUUCCUUUUUGCUUUUUUUUGGGCUUCUUCUCAUUCUUCUUUGGCACCUACGGUAGAGAUCGGAGGUAUUUGGCCCCCAAAAGGGAUUGGGGUUUUAGAUCCUUGGGAAAUCCCUCUUCUUAAUACCCCUAUUCUCCCUUCAUCCGGAGCUGCCGUAACUUGGGCUCAUCAUGCUAUACUCGCGGGGAAGGAAAAACGAGCAGUUUACGCUUUAGUAGCAACCGUUUUACUGGCUCUAGUAUCCACUGGCUUUCAAGGAAUGGAAUAUUACCAAGCACCCUCCACUAUUUCGGAUAGUAUUUAUGGUUCUACCUUUUUCUUAGCAACUGGCUUUCAUGGUUUUCAUGUGAUUAUAGGUACUCUUUUCUUGAUCGUAUGUGGUAUUCGCCAAUAUCUUGGUCAUCUGACCAAGAAGCAUCACGUUGGCUUUGAAGCAGCUGCAUGGUACUGGCAUUUUGUAGACGUGGUUCGGUUAUUCCCAUUUGUCUCUAUUUAUUGGUGGGGAGGUAUAUGAAAGAAGGGAACGAAUAAGUGGAUUGAGGAAUAAAAGCUCGAAGACAAAGAGAACUU